AUGUCCGCUUACGGCGUCAUCUCCUCCCGCUCUCUUUCCUCUCUCCCCUCCACAACAUGGAAACUCGCUUCCAAACGCUCAGGUGCUCCCAAGCACCUCACUCUGCACCAUGUCACCCUCGAAACCGCACGAGCGCUCCCGGGACUCGUCGACUACCUACACCGUACGUUCGCGGAUGAGCUCGCGGGCGGCCGCACCUAUCCACAAGAGAUUCUGCCCGGCGAAGUAUACACACGCGAGCAAUUCGACGCGUAUUACUUCGCUGCAGACGUCCUCGUCGCAGUACUCGGACAGCCUGCUUCCGAUUCAGUGAGCGCGGCCGACGCGCCGGACGGCAGCAUCGUCUCGAUCGGGUUCGCAGAGGCCGUGAGCGGCCGCGCUUGGGAAGAGUGCCUCGCCGGCUGCUACUACGUGAAGCCGAAUUACCCGGGUCGGUCGUCGCAUGUGAGUAAUGGCCGAAUUGCGCUUCCUGCUGUCCUCGAUUGUGCUUCUUCUCUCCUCGGCGAUGAACGCGAUCGGUAG